AAAAAAAAAAAAAGUUUUGGCGUGAAUCACUUCUGAAGAGAAAUCCAGGGGGAGUGGUGGAAGAGAAACCCUGCUGGCUGAAGAGAAAUCCAGCCUUAGGACAGUUAAGGCGGAUCCAUAUCAAAAAUCUCUUCAUCUUACCUUCUCUUUUCUUUUUCUCACAAAAGUUUGUUUUGGGUUUUGAUUGCUGAAUUUUGACUGCCUAUCAUCCUUUGAACCAGUGAAAGAACUCUAAGUGACCAUCUAAAAAUCGUGAGCUAAACACUUUGAGAGUGUGAGGAUUUUUAUUUGCUAACUUUGUUAAGUGUUUCAGGAUGUUCGGACUUCUCAAAAAAUCAAAACCACUACAAGAUGAUGUCUACUUUCCUUUUAAAACUGUUGUUGAAAAGAAGCAAUUGAUUUUUGACAAGAGACAGUUUGCUUCUAACGAAUUUGAUUUUGUGCAGAAACAAAGGAAGAGACAAAACAGGUCCAAUGAUGAGAAGUGGGUCAGAAGUGGUGAUCGUCCCUUCACCAAAGCCAAGAGAAGCAACCUUGUAGUGCUUGAUCAAAACGAGCUUAAAACUUAUGCUAGUUUGGAGAAGAUGUUGCAUAAGGCAAUUCAUGCUAUCCGACAGCUCAAAAAGAAGGGAAACACCAACACUUCUUCGGCACCAAAACAACAAUGUAAGUCUUCUUAUCUUUCAAAUUCUGAUUUGAAAACUAAUGAGAUUUCUUUUGAUAAAAGCAAAGCUGUGAAACCCACAAGCAAAGCUCAUUCCACCAGGUGCUUCAAAUGCCAUAGGAUCGGUCAUUAUGCUAACAAGUGUCAAAAGCAAAAACCGUUGGUGACUUUGGAGAAUGAGAACCUUGAAACCGAGCCAGAAAAGGAAGAGCCUUUGCCAAUUCAAAUACCGGACCAAACUCAAGAUUUGAGGACAAAUCUUUUUGAAGAGGAAGGGAAUGAUGUGCCCUGGUUCGUGGAUCAGUCCAUUGGAGCCAACCAGCAUGGAGAUCAGGACGUUCUGAACAAUUUGACCGAGGUUCGUUCAUCCGACCGUACCGAUCAGACUGACCAAGCCGUUCCGCGUGCGUCCCGAUUGGAGCUUCGGCUGGAACCACGUCCAGACGACCUAACCGACCGAACCACAACCCGUCUUCCCCAACCAACUCGACAUUCUAAAACCCACGGUCGAGCCAGACUUAGCUUGGGUCGUGAAGAAACCAAAGACGGACAUGCAUUCUUAUCUGGCGGACCAUCCGGACAGUCCCGCAAGCGUCCUUAUCUUUACCCCGUGCAUCCAUCUGGUUCGGAUGAACCUGGACAUCUUGACUAGUCUUCUCCAUUUUCCGUGCCUUGACCAGAUCUAGUCUUCUCCAUUUUCCGUGCCUUGACCAGAUCUAGUCUUCUCCAUUUUCCGUGUCUUGACCAGAUCU